AUGAGGCGCCAAGUCUGCCGGAAAUUAAAAGAAGAAGAAGAAGUCAACAAAAGGACGCGCCACAGCCUGCGUGCGUCUCUCUGGUUCUUAAUGUUAUCAAGUCCAGCCAAGGUUUUUAAGGGCCAAUCAAAAUUAUCAGCUCAUGAUCGAGAACUGGACUUAGUGUAUUUAGACCACAGUUAUGCUAAACCAUGGAAUGCACAUCCUGAUGCCAGCAGUGCCAGACCUACACGGACAUUGUUUGUCUCUCCUCGCCGCCAACCUGAAUCCCCGGUGGAGUCUGACUCUUUACUUGAUGUGGAAACGGUCACCCCCACACCUGUGCCCCUGUAUGAUAAUCAGAAGGCCCUAACAGUUAUGAGGGAGUGUGAGCGACAUGUCCUGUUUGCUCGAACUGUUGCAGACAGUCCAUCGCCACCUGAAGACUGGGAGGAACAUUUAAACAAAGCUGGCUGGUCUGUGAAUCAAAAUAAAUUAUUUAAUAAAGUUAUUAAAGCUUUACAAAUAGAAAGAUUGGCUCGCCUGGCAAAUGAAAAUGCUCCCAAUGAACCAAUUUUACGAAGAAUAGCUGUUAACCGAUGUGCAAGGAAAUUCCGGAAUGCCUUGGCGAGUGUAAAUUGGGACUUAAAACUGACACAAUGGUUACACACCAUCUUAAUUGAGUCUUUGAGUCUUGCAAUGUUGGCGGCCUACUUGGAUGUGCUACAAACUCUUAAAAGCAAGUUGCCAACAUUAAUUGAUAGGAUGUUGCAGCACACCACCAAAACUGGAUCUCCAACUGCGGAAGCGCUUUCUCUGUUACUGAAACGUCCUUGGGACCCAGCCGUUGGAGUUUUGUCUCAAAAUAAGCCAUGCAAGUUGCCUGGAUCUCCUCUCAUUCUUAUUGCACCUUCAAGCCCAUCUAAUCCAGCCCUUUCUACAUCACGGCGAAUGAGGUUUUGGCAAUCACAGCUGUCCUGUUUGGGAAAGGUCAUACCUAUACAUACCCAUGUAAACAGUGGAGCAAAUAUUGGAAUCACCCAAUGUCUUGAGCAUAUGCUGGGCACAGUUAGGGCCAAAGUAAUGGAGGUUCAUAGUCACUUUCCCCACAAACCGAUCAUCUUGGUGGGCUGGAAUGCUGGAGCUUUAGUUGCUUGUCAUGUAUCUCUAAUGGAAUAUCUGACUGCUGUAGUGUGUCUUGGCUUUCCACUGCUCACAGUGAAUGGACCGAGAGGGGAUGUAGAUGACCCGCUUCUUGACAUGAAAACCCCAGUUUUGUUUGUAGUUGGGCAAAAUGCGUUGCAACACAGUAUUGAAAGCAUGGAAGAGUUCAGGGAGAAGCUUCGGGCGGAUAAUAGUAUGGUGGUUGUUGGAGACGCUGAUGACAACCUAAGGAUCAAUUCUGCUAAAAUGAGAUCUGAUGGACUGACCCAGACGAUGGUGGAUAGAUGUAUACAGGAUGAGAUUGCUGACUUCUUGACAGGGGUCCUUACACGGGCUGAGGGUCAUGGUCAUGGCUCUGGUGAAAUGAGAGAUUUGGAUACAGAGAAAAAAAAGAGACCACGGAGAGAACUACCAUUUGAUUUGGACAGGGGGAGACCAUCCUCUCCAGCUCUGAGGGUUCCCAUUUCCCCUUCUGGGUCAGAGGAUUUGUCGAGUGUCUGCAGCAGUCCUACAUCUAGUCCCAAGCCCAAGACAUCAAGUCUGUCUCCAGCUCAAAAGUCCAGUCUCAUCACAGCCACUCAGCUCCUGAAGACACACAUGCAACGCUCUGGAGCAGUCCUCAGCCACAAACAGGCUCAAGCCCAGUUUGCUGCUUUUAUGAAACAAAACAUGCUUGUGAGGAAAAACCUUCCUCCUGGCACCUCUCCUUGUAUAUUUGUGCCAGUGACUAGUGACCAGGUGGAAAGCAUGGACAGAGGUGAUGUGAGAUCCCAUGGUAAAAGAAGGAAAACUCCUAGUCCAACCCCAAACAAAGCCUCCAAAAGAGCAAAGAUAAAGGUCACAAUUGUUUCACAAAGUGAGUCUGUGAGUGGUGCCAACAGUCCAACUGCACAAGAAGCUUCUGGAAAACCCCUUGCUGUGACUGUGGCUGGAGCAAAGGAGCUAUCUGGACUUCUUACAGGCCAACGGUCUGGUAAUACCUCAGAGGUGUCUGCAGGCUGCAUGGUAUCAGGUUCCUCGACACCAGCCCAGGCACAAGCUCCGGCUUCGGCCCAAGGUCCUAUCGGCACCAAUCUGCUUCAAGGCUUAAGUUUCAGUCUUCAGGAAAUAGUCACCAAACCUCCUAAUUUGUCAGUGACUGCAACUAGUACUGGAACCACACAGCCAGUGGUAAAACCACAGGGUCAGGCCCUGGGCUCCAGUAGUAGCAGCAGCAGCAGCACCUUGCUUCGGGCUGUUCCGUUCGUCUCCACAGGGGGUGUGGCAAAAACUGCUGCCAUCCACCAACUUCUCACCAACGGUGGUCUGGCCAAACUUGCAAGCGGUUUGCCUGGUCUGGCAAACAUCACUGGUCAAACAGCUGGGAUGUCUCACAAUGCCAGUAGCAAGCAAUCCAGAUGA